AUGCUCGCCACCGUCUCUCGCUCCUCGCCUCGUGCGGGCGGUCUCUACCCUGGCAGAGCCUCCUCGGUGGGAUCAUUGGUAUCCUCGAACCAAACACCCAUGAGGGCCAGCCACUAUGGCCAGACUCGCGCCUUCCGCUUCGGUGCGUGGUCGUCCUACCUGGAUCCCGAUGUCCAGCGUCAGCUACGUCUUCGUCAGCGCCAUAUUAAAUACAAGUACAUGGAAUCGAUCAAUCGCAAGCUGUCCUGGGACCCAAACUCGCGUGCUCAAGAUUCGAGAAUCGUGAUGAAGAAGAUGUUGGCGCAGUGCUGGAUCAGACAAGGCCAUACCCGCUCCGGUGGCAGAUAUAACAUUGAAGACGUCGAGCGCAGUGCCAUCAAUGCUCUGUUCUCCGGCAAGCGCGCCAAUCCGUUGGAAUAUGACCUGUGGCAGUCCCCUCUGCAAAACAUUCGCAAUUAUCUCGGUAGCCAGACCAGGAGCAAGUAUACGGCUGCUGCCGGUCGCGACUCGGUUUUUGACAACUCUUCAGAAAAAAACACCCAAGAGCCAUUCUUCCCAGACGGGGUCCCCCCAGCCGACGAACUCAAAGAGUAUGGCAAUGUCACGAUUGACAGUGCCCCGUGGGCCGAAGCUGGGUCCAGUAGUGGAGUUGUGGAGACCCCACAAUAUGCGGAUCUCGACAAGUACAAGCCGGUCAUGGAUGAGAAGCUUGAUGCUAAGCAACUUUCCGAGAAGCCGAAGUACGAUGAUUUGGCCAAAUACACACCUGUUGGUCUAAAAGACUUCUUGGAGGAGGCAGACGCGACGCCCAAGUAUGAGGAUCUCGGCAAGUAUGCCAACCCAACACUGAUCGAUGGCCCCCCUGAGGAGCUCUCCCAGCCUGCAUACGAAGACCUCGACAAGUACCGCCCGGUGAUGCACAAUGAGAGUGCAGAAGUUCCGGAGCCGUACGAGCGAUAUUCAGAUUUGCACAAGUAUGGUCCCAUCAUGCACAACGAGAAGGAUGACGUUGUGGAGGAGACACAGUCCUAUGACGACCUCCACAAGUACGGACCGAGCAGUUUUAACGAACCUGGGGGAUUGCGCCCCCGUUCCAACGAGGAGAAGUCAAAAGACUAUGACGACCUUCACAAGUAUCGCCCGCAUUCUUUCAAUGAACCCUCGGGUCUGCGUCCCGUGCAUCCCGAGGAAGCCUCCAAAGCCUACACUGAUCUGGACCAAUAUGGCCCCAUGUCUUAUAACGAACCCCACGGACAAGCCCCCAUGCACCCAGAAGAGGCGUCCAAGGCAUACACGGACCUCGAUGCCUACAACCCCGUUGGCUGGAAUGAGCCUCACGGCAAACCGCCGAUGCACCCGGAGGAAGCCUCAAAGCAGUACAAGGAUCUGGGAAAAUACUCUAAAGAGUUCAAACGUGGUGAUGCACCGCCGCCAGAAAGUGUCAUUGCAGCGGUUGAGCCUGAAGAUGAGGCCAAACAUCAGCCUGUGCAGUACAACGAGCCCGAAAGCCACCGCCCUAAGAAUGACUGGGAUCAGAAAGCUUUUGAAGAGGCCAAGCAGUACGAAUCUUUCCGAUACAACGAGCCGGAUGGGCAGCCUACCCAGGUCAUUGACCCUGUAUCCAAGGGUCUGGGUGACUUUGAUGCAGAGAUUGCUGCCAAGGCAAACAGACGCAAAUCUUUUGCUCAGGCAUCAGAGAAGGAGAGAGCCGACGACUUGGACUUGCUCCGUGCCAGCGAUGUUCGGGCCAAAAUUCCGACGUCGUCGGGCCAGUCCCGGAGAGAGUACAGCACGACGAACAGACAGAUUCUCGAGGCCGAUCUUCCCCGGUAUGCCGUGAACUGGGAUAUCUCAAGUAAAGCUGCGCGAAUUGCAGUGCGGCAGUCGAGAAACAAGGCGUGGGAUCAUAUUCCCUCCAAAAAGGAGAGUCUCACUGGCAACUACGUCAGGGACUUUCCUGAAGACUUUUCACGGAAUUGGAACGACAUUGUGGCGGCUGCCGCGGACAGUCAAAAGGUUGAGGAGAGCCACAAUCAAGAUGAGGUUGAGGCUGCAUCCUUUGAUGAGAGUUUUCCGAGUCUGGAGCACAAGCUGGAGCCAUCCCUGGACCGGUCAUCUUCCUUCAGGACCACCCGCAUUGCGGGAAAGAGAGGUCAAAUUGACCAGUAUUCAAAAGAGCCUCAAGGCCUUGAGGUGAGCUACUCUGAGGAGUGCGGUGGCAAGCAGACCUGGCCCUCCUACGUUCGAACAUAUGGAACCGUGACGGAUGCCAUGGCCAAUGCCUCUUCAACCGCACAGGAGGCCGUUGCCGCCGCCAAGAGCGAGGGCGUGGUGUCCUCGACCACAACCCAGGCACCUCGGGAACCCACCAUCUACAAGAUUCUUGCAUACGACCCGACGAUGCAGGCAAUCAACACGGCCGAGACCGCGUCAGUCGUCCCCGACAGCGCAACACCGUUAACGCCGGCGGAGGUGAUUCUCCGGUUGUCGAACCCGACCAAGUUCUUCCCCUACUUUAGCACUCUACAAAAGGAGGGAUAUGAGAUUGUUUCCGGAAGCGGAGACGUCCUGGUAUUCCGCAAGGUCCGCGAGGCAGAGACGGCAUCCAAGGAACAGGCUGCCGUCUCCUUCGCCCCUGCGAUCGAGAAGCCGACGACAUACCAGGCGCCAAAGGUGAACCCCAUCGACAUGAUGGGGAGCGACCCCGUAGUACCAAGCGCUUACUCUUCCAGUCCUACAGGCUACCUUAAUUAUGAUUACCCCGGAGCGGAGACAACAGAGAAGCCCCCACCUCCCUCCAGCCCGCUGAGGAGGCGUAACACGAUAUCCUGUGACAGCCAGGAUUUCGAGCCUCCGAAGCGGCCCAAGAGGAGCAGGGCCAAGAAGGUUGUUCUUGGUGCCGUGUGGGUUGGCGGGAUUUCUUACGCGAUUGGUGUUGUUGGAGAGUACUUCAAGACGGGAGGUAAAGAUGGUCAGGGACCCAAGGGGUUGUAG